AUGAACCCCACCGACACGCCUGGGACAAGGCUUGCUCCACCUGAGCCUGCAUCUUUAGAUUCAACAACAACUCCCAAGUCCAAACGUCGACCAGGUCGCACUUUCAAGAACCCAAUUCGAAGCAGCUCGUCACGGUCAUCCCGGACAUCGCGGUCGAGAUCUGGUCCCUAUGACCGUCCCUCCAAUUCGCCUCGACCGUCAUGUCUACAAACUCCCAAUCCCUCCAAUACCAGGAUGUUGUCAAUGCUAGAGGCCCUCCCCGCCGAGGUGAUCGAGCAGAUUUUCCUACAUUCACUGAAUCUGAACUUCCCUCGGGCUUCACCAUAUCUCUCUCGCGUCCUCUCCCGUGAACACAUGUACCGCUCCCUUAUCCUUCUCGCUUUUUGGGAUGAUCCACCCGAUUGCCCUGGCAGCGCAGCUAUUGAUCAAAUGAUGGUUGGACCGUUGGAAUACGUACCUAUUUCGGAGAAUGAUCGUAUCCGCUUACAGAAAGAAAUCUUGAAAUGCAAGUGGUUAACGGCGGAACGCGUGCGCGAACAGGUUCCCACAAUGCAGAUCUUGACUCUCCAUCGGCUUUGGAUCAACGCCGGUAUCAAGGUGAACGAGGAUCAGCGAGAAGAAUUUGAGAAAUUGCUCGCUCGGGAGAAAGAUACGCCUCACAUUUUCCAUGGUCAAGGACCGGCCAAGGAUAAACUUACCGCUUUGCUUCUCUCCAAGCAUGGCGACUUAAUUAAGAGGUCGUACCCGGAUAUUGAGAAGCCAGGACCACAUCAGUAUCGGCUCCGUAUCACGCCAAUGGUGUACACUGAGGUCCGCUGUCCAAGUCUGAGAAUUGUUGUUGACAUGCCGGCGCUCACUUUGUUCGAAUUCCCGGACUAUCUUCUUCGAGGUCGUAGUGAUGGUUUCCGCCCCGAGGACGUCGCAUUACUCGAAGUGCUGCGGAUAAGCUCAUUUAACUGGCGCAUCGGCGAAAACCGACCUACCUUGACCACACUUAACCGCAGGGCUCUGAAUGAGGGAAUCCAGAACGCAAUCCGCACCCAGAACUUCAAUGCCAUGAUCUCCCUCCUCAAGAUUGACGAAUUCGUCUUUCGCUUCGGGGCUGGAAACAGACGCAAAGGGUACUACACAAUCCCCCGAGAGCACUUCUUUGCGGUUAUACGUACUGGCCGUGACAAGCCCCAGCUCAAUGCGGCUUUCUUCGAGGCUUUGCUGCGCGCCAGCGCUGAGUCUAUACCCACAAGGUCGUCUGAGAUGACUGAGUGGAUUGUCGAUAACAUGAGCCUCGCGCAAAGCCAGCCGAGUGCUUACACCGAACUCAAUUACAGGCUUGCGCGUUGGUUAUCGGAUUUCCAAUUGCGCCUACCCGGGCAAAUUGAGUGUCUUAACAACCAUCUGGUUGGCCAGCUGUUUUUCAGUGGCCAGUUGGAUGUUGCGGAUGUAGAGGGUGAUCGUUAUAACGCUGAGGUUCUUUAUCCCCAACGUGCGCCGCAUGGAAAUUGGCUUAAGGAAAGUUCAUUCCCGGUUCGGGAUCAUUGGGUGAAGGGUUCGGGUUCUCCUCUCUUCAAUUGA